AUCAAAAGAUAAUGACUUCUCCGACGCUACGCACGUCGUCGCACUUGAGCUAAAUGAUAUUAUCGCAUUAAAUUAGAUAGACGCAGAAAAUGUGAUACGUUUUAAACACAGUGAUUUUGCAAUGAUUUAAUCGAGUUUAAUAUGCAAGUGUUUGCUUCUCAAUAAAUUUAAAAAUUCGUUUUUUUUUUAUUAUUUCUGUUUAGUUUUUUGUGACCACACAAUGUAAAAAUCCUUUGUUUUACAAGUGCAGUGUAUAAUGUGUUGAAAAUACCAAAAUGAAAGUUAUAGAAGCCAAAAUAGUUGUUCUAGGAUCGCAAGGUGUGGGGAAGACCAGCCUUGUAGUGAGGUAUAUAGGAAAGAUGUUCUCCAAACACAUCUCGCCAACGAUCGGUGCCUCCUUCUUUACUUGCAACAUCAACGUAGACGAUGCCAGGGUCAAACUGCAGGUAUGGGACACAGCAGGCCAGGAGCGGUUUCGAUCAAUGGCCCCCAUGUACUAUAGGAACGCUAAUGCAGCCCUACUGGUAUUCGACAUCACCAACAUACACAGCUUCACAGCUAUCAAGGGAUGGGUCAGAGAACUGCACAGCAAUGUACCAGAACCGAUGGUGCUGUCAAUGGUGGGUAAUAAAUGCGAUUUGGAAGAAAGACGGGAGGUCUCCCACCACGAGGCGACACAGUAUGCGGCAUCCAUCGGUGCACAUUACUGCGAGACAUCAGCUUUGCAUGACCAGGGUAUCGACCAGGUGUUCCGCAGCACUGCGACAGCUCUCCUGAAGAUGUCCAGCUCCAGUCCAAUGUCCUCGCUGCGCACAUACGACACGGCGGAUGGUAAUCCAAGUGAAGAGAUGGCCACACAUACUGGUAAAGUGGAAUUACCAGCUUGGAGUAUAGGGAAUAUAGCGCACGGGGAAAUGCAGAAGAAUAUGUGUUGCUGAUGUCUGCCGGCAGGUGGCGCCUGUUCUCAUAUUCCAAAAUAUUCAAAAUAUCUUUAUUCAUGUAGGUCUAUUACAGACUCUUACGAUAUGUCAAAUCUACCGUCAG